CUCUGCGCAUGCGUGCUCGACGAUCUGCUUCUACUGAGGAAGUGGGUCAAAACAUCGAUCGAAACAUUUCAAAUAAUUGUAUUAUCUCAACUUAUAAAGAGUUGUUGGUCUGUAUGCUGAAGAAUAUACAAACUAGAGAAUCUGUCCUUGGCUAGCAUUAACCUAACUAGUAGCCGUGUGCUCGAAGGCGAUAGUUUCUAAGAAGUAUCGGUUCUCUAGCGUCGGUGCUGCUGUCCGAGCGUCACAUCUCCAGGUUAAUUGUGACAUCACAUCUCCGGGUUAACUGUGACAUCACAUCUCCGCGUUAACUGUGACAUCACAUCUUCUGGUCAACUGUGACAUCACAUCUCCGGGUUAACUGUGACAUCACAUCUCCAGGUGAUCGGUACCAUGGGAGCUCACCGGGGAGACGGACGGCGGGACUGGCCUGAGGCCGACGUGCAGAACCCGUGGAACCUCAUGAUCAAACACCGCCAGGUCCAGCGCAGAGGGAGAAGAUCUCACAUGGUGGUUAGUUUCACAGACCCCGUGGUCUCCAUGGACCUGCUGAGGGCGGUGCUCCAGCCCAGCUUCAACGAUGACAUCAUGGCUGUCUUCAGGAAGUACCAGCAGUUCCUUGACAAGGCAGCAGAGAACGUGAAGGAGAACGUGGGGGAAGACGUCCAGACGGACCUCCUGAUCACAGACACCUGCAGGAACCUGCUGGAGCAGGCCAAGCAGAUGUUCCCUGAAGCAGAGACCAAGUUGGCCCGUCCUGGGGUGGAGGCCAGCAUGAAGAGAUCCAGACAGACUGACGACGACUCCACACACAGAGGGAGCCCUGUUCCUAAGAAGAGGAAAGGUCGCCCCAGUGCCCCGGCAGCAGCCUUUGACCGACCUUUGACCUACACUGCACCAUCUAAACCCAAAUCUUCGGAGCCGGUCAGAAGAGAAGGACCCAAGUGGGAUCCCAACAGACUCAAUGAAGGCAGCACAUUCGUCUUGGGUUCAAGAGCCAAUAAGGCGUUGGGCAUGGGAGGAACCAGAGGACGAAUCUACAUCAAACACUCUGCCCUGUUCAAGUAUGCUGCAGAUGCUCAGGAUAAACACUGGCUGGCAGAGAGACAACACAUGAGAGCUACUGGAGGGAAGAUGGCAUACCUGCUGAUCGAAGAGGACAUCCAGGACCUGUCUCGCAGCGACGACUAUAAGGAGUGUCCAGACUUGAGGAUGGAGGAGCUGAAGCCGUUCUCCGUUCCUAUCUGGAUGGUGGAGAAGAUGCAGCGAGCCAUGGAGGCCCAGCGCUCUGAGGCCCUCUGACAGCCAAUCAGAGGCUCCAAGGCCCUCUGACAGCCAAUCAGGGACUCAGAGGCCCUUUGACAGCCAAUCAGAUGCUCAAGGGGGCUGAAGAUGAGCGUAUCAUGUGGUGGUUUUUAACGUUUUAUUGUUUACUCACCUUUCUAGUAUUAAAUACUUUUUUUAUCUAAAA